GAGAGAGAGAGAGAAGAGAAGAGAAGCGCGCAGUGUCCAGACGCAACCGAUCAGUCUCGCUUCUCGCCUCGUCUCGUCUCCUUCCUCCGACGCGCGGAACCUUCUAGAAGCUUCUCCCUCCGGUCGGGGGAUGCCGCGCUGACCCCCUACCGUGGUUAUGCUGGCGUCAAAGCUCUGGUCGAGGCUCGCGUCGCCGUCUUCCCCCGCCUCGCCGCGCGCCCUUUCUUCUUCUUCAUCGGCGGCGGCGGCGGCGAGGUACCUACUGCCGAGCUCUGGGAUGCCGGCCCAAGAAAGGUCGCCGGGUCACCCCAGUGGCGGCGACGCGCGGCCCGGUGCGGGGCUCGGGCUCGCCGAGACUGGGUGUGGCGCGGCCGGUGCGCCGCGACCGCUGCCGCUGCCGUGCUCUUCUUCGUCGGACAAUCCCGCGGAAGAGAAUCCUUGCACAAGACAGAUAUACCAAAGACAGCUAAUGCCGCAUCGGUUCAAGUUAUUUUUGGGGGAGAAACGUCAUUUUACAUAUGCAAAUGGUGCUUCACUGAAUCCGCAGAACUACAGAUAUUUUUCAUCUUCUUCUGGCCAACAGAGUAUAGGAAUUGGUAACAAGAUUAUACAUGACCUUCCAAGAAGUGUGAAAAUUGUGGAAGUUGGGCCACGAGAUGGGCUACAGAAUGAGAAGAACAUAGUUCCAACACAUGUAAAGAUUGAACUCAUACAGAGACUGGCAACCUCUGGAUUAUCGGUUGUUGAGGCAACUAGUUUUGUCUCUCCAAAAUGGGUACCACAGCUAGCUGAUGCUAAGGAUGUGAUGGAUGUAGUCCGGAAUAUUGAAGGUGUAAGCCUUCCUGUAUUGACACCAAACCUUAAGGGAUUUGAGGCAGCUGUUGCAGCAGGUGCAAAAGAAGUUGCAGUAUUUGCGUCAGCUUCUGAAGCAUUUUCCAAGUCAAACAUAAACUGUACCAUUAAAGAGAGCCUUGCUCGCUAUAAAGAUGUUGCUCUUGCAGCAAAAGAGCUAAAAAUCCCCAUGCGAGGGUAUGUUUCUUGUGUGGUUGGAUGCCCAGUAGAAGGAUAUGUGCCACCGUCAAAUGUAGCUCAUGUGGCUAAAGAGCUUUAUGACAUGGGCUGCUACGAGGUUUCACUUGGUGAUACAAUAGGCGUUGGUACCCCAGGCACCGUUGUUCCAAUGCUUGAGGCUGUUAUGUUCUUUGUUCCAAAGGAGAAGCUUGCUGUCCAUUUCCACGAUACCUACGGCCAAUCGCUUUCAAAUAUCCUCAUCUCUCUCCAGAUGGGUGUGAGCGUUGUGGACUCUUCCGUAGCGGGCCUCGGAGGGUGCCCAUACGCGAAAGGUGCAUCGGGCAAUGUGGCGACGGAGGACGUGGUGUACAUGCUGAACGGGCUGGGGAUCAGCACCAAUGUCGACCUGGGCAAGGUGAUGGCCGCCGGCGAGUUCAUCUGCAACCAUCUGGGGCGCCAGUCUGGGUCCAAGGCAGCUAUCGCUUUGGGAAGCAAGGUUGCUACUGCCAACGCAUCCAAACUGUGAGGUUCACUAACAUUCACUGAUGCAGUCUUUCGGAGGAUGCGUUUCAGACAUACAAAUGUAUACGAUAAAUAAAGGCGAAAUUGGUUCCAUGCUAUUCAAGUGACCUGGGAUUUGUCGGUGCUAGAAAACUAAAAUCGGGAUCGUUGGGUGAUGUAAGAUCAAUUUUGCCAGAAAUAAAUGGACUGAUGGGAUUGUUGAUUGAUAUAUAUGGUCAGCUUUUCCUGAAGAACUUAAGCUGAUGUUUCCGUUGGUUCAUGAAA